AUGCCGCAGAUUCCCAAGCCUGCGAGGGUUUCGAGGGCGUCACUACCGAAUGGUGCCGGUCUGGGGUCUCCCGGUCCGGCAUCCCGAUGCCGCGCAGGUGCACAGGUCGGGGCCAAGGAUAGCAGCGCCGUACCGACGGGAGUGACUAGUACGCUGCUGGGGGUGCUCGGCUCGAGCCAUGCCGGCUGGGUGGCCUCCGCCAGAUACGUCAGCCGGCCGGUGCUCAGCAUGAGCCGCGCUGCCCACCGAAUGUACUGUCUCUCCGUCAAGGCCUCUGUUAGGUUCCGGGGGGUCCCUUCCGUCCAUGCCGCGCGGAAGGUCGUCGUAUCGGGUGCAGCCGAACAACACAUGGUGGGGUUGACAGAUACGUGA